AUGGGUAUCAAGAACCUCUUCUCCAUCAUUAAGGAUGAAGCUCCAGAUGCUGUCAAGGAGGGUGAGAUCAAGAACCAGUUCGGUCGCAAGGUUGCUAUUGACGCCUCCAUGAGCAUUUACAGUUUCCUCAUUGCAGUCCGAUCCGACGGCCAAAUGCUCACAAACGAGGAGGGCCAAACCACUUCACAUCUCAUGGGCAUGUUCUACCGCACACUUCGGAUGGUCGACAAUGGAAUCAAGCCCUUGUACGUUUUCGACGGCAAGCCUCCCAAGCUCAAGUCUGGUGAGCUGGCCAAGCGAUUCCAGCGCAAAGCCGAGGCACACGAGGGCCUAGAGGAAGCCAAGGAGACAGGUACCGCCGAAGAUGUCGAAAAAUUCUCGAGACGAACCGUUCGAGUCACCCGUGAGCAUAACGAGGAGUGCCAGCGACUGCUCAAGCUCAUGGGCAUUCCGUACAUCAUUGCGCCCACUGAGGCCGAAGCCCAGUGCGCCGUCCUGGCAAGAGCCGGCAAGGUCUAUGGCACUGCCAGUGAGGAUAUGGAUACUCUUUGUUUCGAGAGUCCCAUCCUGCUGCGACACAUGACUUAUAGCGAACAGCGAAAGGAGCCGAUUCAGGAGAUUCACCUUAACAAGGUGCUCGAAGGUCUGAUGAUGGAUCGCAAGCAGUUUGUCGAUUUGUGUAUCCUGUUGGGAUGCGAUUACCUCGACCCUAUUCCCAAGAUCGGCCCCUCGACCGCUCUGAAGCUUAUUCGCGAACACGGUUCCCUCGAGAAGGUGGUUGAAUGGAUUGAGAGCAGUGGAAAGUACACCAUCCCCGAGGACUGGCCUUAUGCCGAUGCUCGAGACCUCUUCUUCAACCCAGACGUCCGCAAGGCCGAAGACCCAGAGUGUGAUUUCAAGUGGGAAAAGCCCGACAUUGACGGUCUGGUCAACUUCCUUGUCACUGAAAAGGGAUUCUCCGAAGACAGAGUCAGAUCUGGUGGCGCAAGACUGGAGAAGAACUCGAAGAGCUCUCAACAAGCUCGACUAGAGGGCUUCUUCAAAGUUAUUCCCAAGACUGAAGAGCAAAAGCAAGCCCACAAGCGCAAGGUAGAGGAGCAAAAUGAUGCUCGCAAGAAGAAGCUCAAGGAAGAUAAGAAGGAAAAGGCCAAGCAAAAGGCCAAGCCUCGUGGGGCAUAA